UGGUAUAAAAAUAUUUGCCGUUGUUUCCCGCGUAAUCCGGUCAAAAAAACUGUCAUUAAAUACAGCCUACAUUUUGGUUUUUAAUAACAUUAACAGCUAUUAAUAAUGGAUAUGGAUGUGGAUGAACCAAGUUCUUCUAAUGUAGACACUAUUAAAGACAAACUGUCUACUUUACCAUGGAUUGAGAAGUACAGACCUCAGAAGUUUGAAGAAAUUGUUGGAAAUGAGGAUACUAUUACUCGAUUGUCUAUAUUCGCACAACAAGGAAAUGUUCCCAAUAUCAUUAUUGCUGGCCCACCUGGUGUUGGUAAAACUACAACCAUCCUUUGUCUCUCGAAAAUUCUCUUGGGCCCUGCUUUCAAGGAUGCUGUGCUGGAAUUGAAUGCUUCUAAUGACAGAGGAAUAGACACUGUCCGGAAUAAAGUUAAAAUGUUUGCUCAGCAGAAAGUGACUUUACCACCUGGGAAACAUAAGAUUAUUAUAUUGGAUGAGGUGGACAGUAUGACGGAGGGUGCUCAGCAGGCGCUCCGUAGAACAAUGGAAAUUUACAGUAACACCACACGUUUUGCUUUAGCCUGUAAUUAUUCCGAGAAAGUUAUCGAAGCAAUUCAAUCGCGUUGCGCCAUUCUCAGAUAUUCUCGAUUGAGCGACGCGCAGAUCUUAGCGAGAACUCUUCAGAUAUGCGAAAAGGAGAACGUGUCUUAUGUCGAAGACGGUCUCGAAGCUAUCGUGUUCACCGCUCAGGGAGACAUGAGGCAAGCGCUGAAUAACUUGCAGUCCACGCACAACGGUUUUGGGCUGGUGAAUUCUACGAACGUUUUCAAAGUUUGCGAUGAACCGCAUCCGAAGUUGAUUAAGGAUAUGCUGAACAGUUGCGUUCAAGGUGAUAUUAAGACUGCUUUUAAGACGAUUUCGCAUCUGUGGGAUUUGGGGUAUGCCGGUGAGGAUAUUAUAAAGAACAUUUUCAAAGUCUGCAAGAACAUCGAACUGGAUGAACCGCUCAAGUUGGCUUUUAUCAAGGAAAUUGGAAUUACGCAUCAGAGAAUCGUCGAUGGUUUGACGACGUUACUACAGAUGGCCGGUUUACUUGCUAGAUUGUGUUCCGCCGCUAAACAGCUGAAGAAUAAAUAGCAUUAUCAUUUUUACCUUUAAAAAACUA